ACACACACGCACAGAGAUAUUUGUGGUUAGGGUUUAGCGUUGAAAAAAAAUUAAAAAAACAGAGAAAUAUUUCCUAGUAUUAAUUAAUAUGAGUAACUGGCUGGGUUUCUCACUCACUCCGCACCUGAGAAUCGGCGGCGACGGUGAUCAAGACGACGCCGCCGCCGCCGCGGCGGUAGAAGCAGACAACAAUGGCGGCUUCCCUGUUGAUGUUAUCCGCUCUGAUGGCUCCUUCUCCCUUUUCGACUCUAAUCAUUAUUGGAGAUAUGAUAAUGGUAUGAAUGGACCCAGCCCAAGCGAAGAAGCUCCAAAAUUCGAAGAUUUUCUUGGAUGCUGUUACUCUAAUUCGCCGCCGCCGAAUGACGCGCGGCCCGCCGGAGAGAUUAACAUGAACGCGCCGCCGAGUUUCAUGUGCGACGGUGUUGAUCGUACAACGGAGGAUUUCAUCGCCAACAACCACCCGUCUCUCUUUUUCCAUCCAUAUCAGUACAGCAUAGUCCCUACCGCAAAUCCCCACGCGGCGGUGUACGGCGGCGCUGGUGGUGGUGGGGCUCCAGCUCCUGCAGACUUCAAGUCUUGGUCGUUGCAGCAAACGGACCACAAACCGGCGGUGGAUACUUUUCGUCGUUGUGAUUUUCAGGGGCUGUCUUUAACGGUGAGCCCCAGCUCUCAGACUGAUAUAGUAGUGGGAGCGGCGCCGCCGCACGUGGCGGCUGAUGGGAAAAAGAGGGUGGCGCCCAAGUUUAGUAGUGGUGUUAAGGAGGCUGUGCCUCGCAAAUCAAUCGAUACUUUUGGGCAAAGAACUUCUCAAUUUCGCGGAGUUACUAGGCAUAGAUGGACUGGAAGAUAUGAGGCUCAUUUGUGGGAUAACAGUUGCAGAAAGGAAGGACAAACCAGAAAAGGCAGACAAGUGUAUCUUGGAGGAUAUGAUAAAGAAGAAAAAGCAGCUCGGGCUUAUGAUUUAGCUGCCUUGAAGUAUUGGGGACCAACUACACACAUUAAUUUCCCUCUAAGCACAUAUGAACAAGAGCUUCAAGAAAUGGAUAACAUGACUAGGCAAGAAUUUGUUGCCCAUUUAAGAAGAAAAAGUAGUGGAUUUUUAUGUGGAGAUUUCUUGUUCAGAGGAGUAACAAGGCACCACCAGCAUGGAAGGUGGCAAGCCCGAAUUGGAAGAGUUGCAGGCAAUAAGGACUUGUACCUUGGUACUUUCAGUACACAAGAAGAGGCAGCAGAGGCAUACGAUAUAGCAGCGAUAAAAUUCAGAGGGACGAGCGCCGUAACGAAUUUCGACAUAAUUAGGUACGAUGUGAAGAGGAUUUGUUCCAGCACGACCCUAAUCGCCGGCGACCUAGCGAAACGCUCCCCGACUCGGAACCAUGCGGUGGGCCCCACCGACCACUACAAUUCCAGCGCGUCUUCUUCAGCUUCUCCGGCAAGGGCUAAUAAUAAUAAUGGUAAUAAUAAUUGCCGGGCGAUAGUAACUUUUAAUAUGGAGUCGUCGACUUCCGACAAUGAAUUAAUGGCGGAUGAUAAUACGACGUGGAAUAUUAAUGGCGGCAACAUCGAUCAAUGGGCAGAAUCAUGAGAUAAUUCCUGUGUUUGCUUUGUGGAAUGAGUGAUGAAGAAGAUUAUGAUUAUAUUAAUCGGAAAUAAAUUAAAAUUGGUACGGUUUAUUAUCGGUUUUCGACUUUUGGUGAAGAAGAUGUGUUCUUUGUUCACCGGAAUUUUGCAGAAUUUUCUUACAGUUUUUUUUUUUUUUUGUUAUUAUAAGAAGUUAGAUCAGAUAAAUUAAAGGAGUGUUUUUUUUUUUU